GAAUGUGAUAGUCUAUAUAGCAGGGCUUAUAGGUGUCAAGCUAUUUUUGAUUUUUUUCAUCAUUGACGGUUGUUACUUUUGGUUACUUAACGCUCUUCAGACAGUCAACUUCCCAAAGAGUUUAUGUUUUGUGCGUUCAUGCGUUUGUUUGAAAAAAGUUGCUUUUACUAUAAGAUAUUUAUAGAAAAAGAUUAAAUUAUCGGAUGCUGUCAACAUUUCCUCUUUACUGGUAAAUGUUACACGAACUGUUACUCUUCCUCGCUGGCUAUGACUCAGGCCUGUUCCUAAUAGACAACGAAACCCUUAAUUUACAUCCAUCUCUUCAAGCACUGCAUCCUGGAGAACGACAUCUGUUACUAGAAAUUGGUUCUCUGGCUGUCGAGCGUCGAAAAACCGCCGGACUUCUACAACAUCCAAAUUCUUGGUUCAGUCAAUCAAACAAUGCAUUUCAUCGUUCCUUUUACAUGUUUGUUGAGGAGAUUCUUCGAAGCUUUGACGAAACUCUAGCUGACUUGGAGCAAAAGAUCCUAAUGAGGGAUUCUUCGUUUGUUGGCUCUGAAAAGUUUGUCUCUUUGACACAAGUCGAAGCACAUUUAAGUUCCUGGAAGCAUACAUUCCCAGAUGUCUUUUUGAUUGCUACAACAGUACUGCAAUAUCAAACGGCGUAUUCUAUCUUUCGUUCCUUAGAGCUACUUUUGAUGCAGUCUUCUCGCUUGGAUUUCAAACAACUUAUUUCAAAAAUUCAGGUUUGUUUACAAAGAGUUUGGUUAAAUCAUUUUAUCGAGUAUUUGGUUACCGAUUUCCGGGAAGAUUACGGCUAUCUUUCUAUUUCGCCAGAAGUUAACGAGAGUGAUGGGCAUGUUCUGGUUCCUUUUAUGGAUAUGGCUUCAGCAAAGAAUGCGCUUUUUACGAGGGUUUGUAUGCUUAAAGCAAAAUCUAUGCUUAUUGAUGUAUAUGCAAAUCUGUUGAAACAAUUUUACGCCGAGAGUAAAGCUCUUGAAUUUCCAAUUUCACAAUCUUCGUUAAAGGGGACUAUAGAUGCGCUAUACACGCUUGUCUCCAGGAGCAUUGUGUUCAAAAUGGCGUCUGUUGGUCGGCUUGUGGAUUUAACAAUGAUGCUAGAAAUGAUAAUGUUACAAGAAGACACGGAUGUUUUAACGACGAUUAUGAAGAAAUUAUUCGAAUUCGACACAAAUCCUUCACCGAGAACGAUUCAAAAUCCGGAAGAAUACUUUCCGACAGUUUUGAGGAAUACGAUUUCAGACAUGGAUUUGGAUUCACUGUAUGGAGAUUGUAUUUCUUCCCUUCAUUUGAAGAAGUCUUCUGAGGUGACAAAUCCAAAUAUAAGCUUAAAAGGGAAUCCAAUAUAUCUCGCUGUUUCCUUACAAUGGCCUUACAAUAUGUUUAUUGAUAAAAGUAUCCAGAGAGAUUAUUCUAGGUUAUGGGGUUUUUUGGGUGCAUUGCAGGUUAAUAUUAUGGAUAUAAAAUCCUUUAGUUAUCAAAGGAAAGCUUUGGUCCAUGGUCAUAACAGGUAUCCUUGGAAAAGUUUAUGGCUUACGUUGUGGUUUUUAUCAUCUCUUCAGUAUUAUUUUUAUGAUGGUAUUAUACGACCUUCCUACAAAGUUCUUCGCGAAAAAAUUGUCGAAUAUGGGAAAGGUGGUAUACUCAAGAUGCAAGAGUAUUCGCGUCUUCAUCUAACUGCUUUUGAUUAUAUUUCGAAAAUGGUAUUUAUUAAGGACAAACGAUUUUUAAUUUUACUCACUUCUAUAUAUGAUGAAGUUUCUAAAGUUCAUUAUCAGGAAGUUUCCGAGGAAACAUGUGCAUUAGUCGUCCUAGUUAAUCAGUGCAUUCAACAUAUCAGGGAGAUAGAAAAUGAUCCAUCACUCGACAAUAGUCCACUUAGUGCACUUUUACUGCAACUUGGUGUUUAAAUUCAUCAACGUCGAUUGAUAUGUUUCAUAUCAAUCCAAUUUUUGCAACGAUCGUUUUCAUCAUGAAAUAAAAGGUUCAUUCAAUAUAACAUAAUCAUGAAGAUUGAAUUAUACAAUGUUGAAUAACGGUAGCUAUUGUAUUCAACCUCAUUCUGGCAGAGCAAGCUCUCUUCAGAUACUUUCACUUGCAUAAGCGUUCAUCAAAGUGAUAACAUGUGCUUUAUAAAUCAUCAUCCAUUUGACCAGUAACUUCUUCAUUUUCAGAUUCUGUUUCGAUGGAAGACAUGGUAUCGUCGUCUGAAGAGUCAUCCAAAGAGACAUCUGCCUGGUCUUUGCUAGCAUACCUUUGAAUAUAAUCUUUCACUUUAAAUGUAAAAGUCUGCGGUUCGCGAAGUAGCAAUGCAGCGGCUUCACCAUUCAAUGGAUCAGAAGCAUUAGGGUAGCGAAGCAAUUGAGGAAGGAAAACUUCAAAAAUGUUAAUCAUAUCAAACAUAGGAGACCAAGUCUGAUUAAUGACGUCCAAGCAAACACUUCCGCUGAGCUCGUCAAUGUUUGGAUGGAAGAUUCGAUUUACAAAUCCAAUACUGGGAGACUUCCAAGGAUACUCGCUUGGCAAUUCCACAUGAAUUUUCCAAACUCCUUCCGCAUACGGAGUCUCAUCAGGGCCGUGAAAGCGAACAUAGAAUUCUUGCAUAUUAUCAUUUACAAGAGUAACCUCAUAGUCACUCAUCAACAAUUUCAUAACGUCAGUCUCAAUUCUUCUUCUAGGGCUCGACAUUUUUUGCGUAAUUAUAAAAGAAGAGUAAAAGUGACUAAAAAAAAA